AUGGCACAUGUUCGUUUUCUGUUGCAGUUGCUCGUAGACUAUAUUAUGAGGACUACUCUAACCUUCAAGCCGAACAUUCUUGGAGCGACGCACAACAAGUAUUCAAAGGGCCACCACCCUCCCCCCACCCCAGAGAAGUAUUGGCCCUCACCAGGCCGCGGUGACCUCGAUGCAAGGCUCAAUGCUGAUGGGAACCAUCACAUCAACAUCUCGCCCUACACGGAGGCCGAAAGAGAAGCCGAUCAUGUUUCCCCCAGUGGGGAAUUGGAUGGGCACAGGGGCUUGCAGAACGUAUUCAAAGCCCCCAGACAGGGGCAGGGCAAUCUCAUCCCAGGAAACGUUGCCCACCGCGAAGGUCGUCCUGCUCAGGACCUGAGACUUGGUCCACUUCUUACCCUCCGUAGCCUCUGCCUUCUGGAAGGCCGUCUUUGCGAUGAGCUUUGUGCUCACUUCGCUCAUUGGGGGCAGCCCCCACACAGGGUGGUCUGGGAUGAAGCUAAGCUUCACCCACAGGACGAUGGAGGUGCUUUCGGCCUUGGGAGGCCACGGAAGAUAGGACUUGUCGGGGCAGGUUACCGCCAAGCGGAGACUUCCCAGGUCGCGGAAGUUCUUCUCCACAUAGAUCUCGCUGCCGCUCUGCUCGCUCUUGGGGAAGGAGAGCAGCUGGAGCUUUGGCUGGAUAAGAAUUGGGAGGGUUUCGUGAACUUUGAUGUGCCCAUUUUCCCACAGUGUGAUGUGCACGCAGUAAGUGAUGCUGAUGAGGUCUGCGGCCUCAUCCUUGUUUCCAGGCUCGCUCUUACUAGCUGUGCUUGGUGGCAUCUGAUCGUGCAGCAGCAAGUGUUGCUCAGAACUGGAGUCAUCUAUGAAGUGCAUGCAUCUUCCUGA